UAUACAAAGUGAAGCCACAUUGCCAAACUUGCAGCAGCGAUUGCAGCAGUUGCUGCCGCUGCGCCGCGCUGCGCGGGCCGAGGGCUCCUGCAGCUGCUCGCGCGGAGCCGGAGGCGGAGGAGAACGGCGAGGACCGAGACUGACACUUCUGCUCCCCGCCGCCCGCCACUUACGCGGGGCCCCCCAACCCAGCCUCAGAGCUGCGCGUUAAAAAAAGCGGCCCUUAGCCCCCUCCCCUUUCCUGCUUCUGCGAGAACAUCCCCCCUCCCUCCAGCUCCGCCAGCCGAGGCGCCCCUUCCUUGGAAGCCGAGCGGCUUCGCUCGCAUUUCGCCGCCGUCGCCUCUCGCAAUAUUGCAAUAUAGGGGAAAAGCAGACCAUGGUGAAUCCGGGCAGCAGCUCCCAGCCGCCCCCGGUGACGGCCGGCUCCCUCUCCUGGAAGCGGUGCGCAGGCUGUGGGGGCAAGAUUGCGGACCGCUUUCUGCUCUAUGCCAUGGACAGCUACUGGCAUAGCCGGUGCCUCAAGUGCUCCUGCUGCCAGGCGCAGCUGGGCGACAUCGGCACGUCCUGUUACACCAAGAGCGGCAUGAUCCUUUGCAGAAAUGACUACAUUAGGUUAUUUGGGAAUAGCGGUGCUUGCAGUGCUUGUGGACAGUCUAUUCCUGCGAGUGAACUCGUCAUGAGGGCCCAAGGCAAUGUGUAUCAUCUGAAGUGUUUUACAUGCUCUACCUGCCGGAAUCGCCUGGUCCCGGGAGAUCGGUUUCACUACAUCAAUGGCAGUUUAUUUUGUGAACAUGAUAGACCUACAGCUCUCAUCAAUGGCCAUUUGAAUUCACUUCAGAGCAAUCCACUACUGCCAGACCAGAAGGUCUGCUAAAAGGUCAGAGUAAUGCAGAAUGCGUGCCUUCAUCUCAGAUCUCGUUCAUCACAGGUGGAUCCCAUGUGUCUUCAGUAGACAAGUCACCUUUGUAGCUAGCACCAGUGCCAGCUCCAUGCCAUUGCACCUUCUUUGGUCUUGAUUGCUCUUCCCGCAUUUAUGGGUGUAUUAAAAUGACUGAAUAUGAACAUUAAGGACUCCGUGAACCUGGGCUAAUGGGAGACUGUAGAGAAAAUGAAAAAAGAUCCACCGGAGGACAUCUUUGGGGGGGGAGGGAGCUUGGGAGGAGGGAAAUGACUAAUGAAGCUAAUUAAAAGAAGCGUUCAAAUCUGCUUUCUACCCUCAUUAACAAUUAGCAGGGCACUGGCCAGAGUUUGUACCCUGUGUUUUACCUUAACAACAUUCUGUUUGCUCUUUGUAUAUUUAAGUGUUGUAAGGAAAUGUGUUUCAAUCAAAACUGAACAUGAGAUAAAGGAAAGAGAUGUGGCUUUUGUGAUAUUCUAUCACAGACACUUUUAUUGUAUCUCUGUAAAAUACAUUGUAUGUAUGCAUGUAAGUGUUUUUGUCCUACUGUUGCUACUCCCAUGGCAAAGACAAAAAAAAGAAUGAAAAGGAAAAAAAAAUCAGGCUCAUAGCAGCUACUGUGUAGAAAUUCCCCCCUACUUCUAAUUUGCUGAAUGAAGAAAAAAUCUUUUAUUUGUGAUAUUUUCAGAGACAUUUGCUCUAGUAUGGUGUAUUUAAAUAAUAA